UUCUGUAAUCAGGAUGAGGGGGAGAGAGCAUGUUUGCCUGAUUUAGGACGGCAUAGUCUAUGUUAGGACCUAUAGAGAUUGCUGGCUGAUCAAGCAACCUAAGUGGUCAGAAGAAGAGAUGGAGGGAGGGGGCUAGACAAGAACCGGAAUCAGCUCUGAGAAACUUAAUGUGCAUCAGUUCCUAAUAAGAGCCCACAGCAAGAGUGGUUCAUCCGGAUGGUUUAACAACAGCAAGUUCAAAAACAGAUGAGAUGUUACCUCCUGGCUGGAUCUCUGAGGGUGAGACUUUGACUCUCUAUUGUUCUUUACUGGUUUCUGUUAAAGAUGUGGAUGAUGUGCAGCAGCCCUGAUUCCCAGGUGUGAUCCCAGGCAGAAAGGGGGGUCCGAAUGGCGACUGCAAACGACGACCCCCACCUGGGUGAAGGCCCAUCUGAUAUUCUCCUGGAUGAUUCAGACUCAGACAGCGUGCUUUCUGAUGACUCAGUGCUACCCGUCUAUGAAACAGAUGAAAAGUACACAGAGCCGGCUAAAACAGUGUAUGAAGCCUGUGUGAGGAAUGACCGAAUGGGUCUGGAAAGGAUCCUAGAAAGAGGAGUCACUAAAGAGGAGGCCAUGGAGCUGGACAUCAAUGGCAGGAAUGGACUGAUGUUAGCUGUGUCCAAAGGUUUCAUAGACAUUGUCUCCUUGAUGCACGUCUGUCCAUUCAUAGACAUCAACCACCAAGACAAUGACGGUAACACUGCCCUCAUGAUUGCUGCACAAUCAGGAUUCGUCACCAUUUUAAACUACAUUCUCAACUACUACCCUAGUGUGGACACUGAGGUCAGGGAUCCCAGGGGUUUCACAGCCCUCAUCAAGGCAGGUCUGCAGGGAAAAGAAGAAUGUGUGUCUGCUCUUCUAAUGCACGGUGCAGAUGUAAAUGCUAUGGACUUGGUCCAGGGGAGGGGUCUGAAGGACUGGGUCCUGAGGACAGGAAGAUUUGACACUCUCAAUAGACUCCGUCGCCUGCAGGCUCAUCCUGUUGCCGAACAAUUCUGUGAAAAAUACAUUCCCGAGUGGCCUGAGCUGAAGCUUCUGGUAGCGAAGGCCUCUGCUCCAAAAACAGCCAGUCAGAAGCUCAGGCAGCAGUUCAAGGACAGCCUUACUUUCAGGUUCCCUCAUGACCCAGAAGACAAUGGGGUCUUGGACCAUAUGGUGAGGAUGACCACUAGUAUCCACUGUCCACUGGUAGCUACUGGUUGUCAUCCACUCUGUCCCUCUAGUCCUCCAGAAAUUGGCAAGCGUCGCUUUGCAGUUCCUGAACUGAUGUCCAAGUACAGCAGCAAGGAGCUGGAGGAGAGCACAGUGUCCCACAGAAAUGACUCCAUCACCUCAGUUUCGCCCACUGUUCUGUCGGCCACAUCGGUAUCUCUGACCUCCUGCUGCAUGGACGCAGAGCGCAGGGAAAGCAUGCCAUCAGGUGGUGCAAGGAGCUUCAUGCGUCGCAGCAUGGCACACAGGAACAGCAUCUUCCCUUCAGGCUGCAUUCCUAAGAUUGAGGUGACAAAAUCUGGGGAACCCACUCCAAAGAAAGAGAAAAAGAAGAAGGGGCAAAAGGGCUAUCUGGAGCCUCCAGUCUGGAAGUACAAGGAGGCCAAAGAAGAGAAAAAGAGAGAGAAGAAGGAAAAGCAGGAAAAGGAAAAAGCCCAGGAGAAAAAAAGUAAGGGGUCCAAACAUAAAUCAAGUAAAAAAUGAGGCACUAGUCCACUGAGAAAACCACUGUGAUAACAUCAUGUAUGAGGGAUGAGCAAGAGAUUAUUGUUGUUUUUUUAUGGCACGAAAUUACAUAUCUUAUCCUUUUGCUUUAUCCAGAAAGUGAAGCAUAAGUAGAAUAAGAAACAAAGGGAUGUUUGUUCUAAGAGUGCACAGGGAAUUCUAAUAUUUUCUUUGGAGAACAAUGUUUUUUAUGAACAUGUUCUCAAGCUGUAUGUCAUAAUUAUUUUCAAGUAGCAUGUCAUCAUGGUGUUUUAAACCAUGAUAACCAAAGAAAUAGUAAAUAUACGUAUAUGCAAAGCCUUCAGUUCAUUAGUUACACUGUUCUAAUUCAUAAAAAUGUGGACAAGCAUUCAGGAGAAGUAUCAGAAAACAGAUGGAUGGACACCCUGUGUAAACAGAAAAAAGCAGCCAAAAAUCUGGAAUAAUGCAUUUUCUUCUUACAAAAUAUUGAAACAACCAUUUUUACCUUUUCAAUCAAUCAAUCCAAUUGAAAGAAGACAGUUAAAGAAUUACAUGCUCUAAUUCCAUCAUCCAUCCAAUAUAAACUCAAAAAGCUUAUUAUUAUUUAAUGCAACAUGUAGCAUAUCUUAACUGUCUGACUAUGACAGAUAAGAUGGUGUUUGCAGUGAGUAUGCAGGAAAAACUAAUCCAUAUCUUUUUGCCUGAUCAUGGGAAACUGCUCAUCAAUAUAUAACUCCUCAGUCUGCGGUGUGGUACUUUUGAUGGGCUUUUACUGACUGUGGAUUGUCACUUGAAAUUUGUUUUGGGACACUACAAGCAGAUCUAACACCUGUCUUGGUGCAUAAAAAUAACCUAUUUUUACAUAAUAUUACUCAGGAAUAUUUUUAUAACGACAUUCACAUAUCCAGGUGCUAUCCAUCAAGCAUCUUUAGUGCAAAAAGUCUGUUUUGGGGUCUAUCUUUCAAUACAAAAAGCAAUAAUAGAUGGGCCAGGUGUGAAAAUGAAAACACUCCUACAUUUUGUUGGACAGUAACCAAUUACGACGGCUUUGUUCAAUUGUGUUAUCACUGUAUACAUUGUGAUAUGCACAUGGGAAAACGCAACACUCAGAGGUUUCUUUAAACUUGUAGUAUUCUUUUUUUUCUCUAAGUGCAAGAUGAAAAUUUUGUUUGGAUUCAAGCCUGGAAUAAAUAAUACUGUGUGUAAUUAA